AUGGCAGUAGAUAUCCCCAAAUCAGUCGUAAGGAAAUUAAUAUUUUUCACAGUGGCAAUGAUCACCUUACCCUUGGUUACAUUUUUUACAGUACAAAAAUUGACACCAAAUACUCUAAUUAGUGGUGGUUUGGCAGCUGCAAUGGCAAAUGUUGUGCUGAUUGCAUUUGUCAUAGCUGCGUUCACUGAAGAUAUUGAAGUUGAAGAAAUUAAUGAGAAGAAACAAGAGUGA